AUGGUCAUUGAUUUCAACGAUCUCCCUCCUGAACUGGUGUUAGCGAUUAUUUCGCGUCUGAGUUACGGUGACAUGUGUAAUUGUCUUAUGCUGAAUAGGAAGACGCGGGGUAUUAUCAACGCGAAUCUUCACUCUGUACCUCGGAUGUGGAUAACAAACAUAUCGCUUGACAGAGAAGGAGCGUCUCGAUUCAAACUUUCUGUUUCGAGAAAUUCAUUUAAAAGUCCUAAGAAAAACUGGUCAUGUAUUUUCAACAAAACUACCGCUGCUACCAAAAAAUCCGGUGAUAUUACCGACUUCUACAACAAUGAGGGUUUCUGUGGAUUGAAAUGGGAUAAAGCGAACAAAUCUACCGAGUUCGAUGUUCCAUCUAUAAGUACAGCACUCGAGGAACACCUCAGUUUUGUUCUUCUAAGAGCCAACGUUCUGUGUUUCAAGUUGGUUGAUCUCGACAACAAUGAUAUGGAAGUCGUUACCCGCGUUUUGCGCAAAUCCAAGUCUAAAGUUAGUCAUCUACAGUUGGUUGUGAAUCGCACGAUAUCUCAGGAAAUGGUGUCGGCCAUUGAUGCUACAGGAGCCGAGACAAUUGACAUAGUGAUGCGCGACUGUCACUUCUUUCAAAACCUUCCUUUCAAAAGUCAGGUGUUUCGAAAGGCAUGGUCUGUUACUGUGCGAGCCUCAAAUGAAGAUGGACGUGAUCUGUUGGAUAUCAACGACGAGGAUCUUCUUUCUCUCGAUGCGGAUUCCAUAGAACUGUUCGGGAUAACUAAUAUAACUGUUCAAGGGACACGAAAACUCAUACAUCAGUGGUUAGAUGGUCGGAGGAAGAUCUCAUUGGUGUACUACAGGCACUCCGAUGAGUAUGAAGCGGCAGAGUUGUUGCGUGGAAUUCCGCAUAAGAAUGAAGUCUCGCCGAUAGUCAUUACUCGUGCCGAUACCGAUGAAGAGCUAAAGUUGACAUGGGAUUCGUCGAAAUUUCGGUGUUUUACCGAUGAAGCAGACACAGAAGGCGAUGAUGAAUAUCCAGAUCUGUUGUGA